AUGAAUCAUAUGCCUAUUUAUUAACGUGCCUAACAUUUAAUGAGAGAAAAAUAAUAGAAAAUUGCUGAAUAUAAAAGAAUGAAAGAAUUGAAUGAAGAAUAGGAAUGCAGUAAGUAUUCAUUUCGACCAAAUAUUAAUAAAGAUAGAGAACAUCGAACAGUCGAUUAAUUUUUAGAAGAAGUAGAUUAUUGGGUUGAGAGAAAGAAUGAAUAACUACAUAUUAUGCAAUAAGAAAAGUAGAGAGAAGAAUUGAAAGGUUUAACAUUCAAACCAAAGAUUAAUAAGAAAUCACAACGAUUAAUUUAAGAUUAGAAUUCCUCACUAAUUCAAAGAUGUUAAAAGAGUCAAAUAAAUAAAUAAAUAAAAGGAUAGCAACAUUUGAUUGAGGAAUUGAAAAAGACCCCCUUUUGCCCUUCAAUAAAUGCAAAUUCAAUUAAAUUAGCAUGUCAUAGUAAAACACCAGAAAGGUCAAUUUCUCCAAAUUUGAAAUAACAAUACACUCCCAGAAUAAUAGGAAAAUCAACAUCAAGAACACCAUAAAGAACUGAAUAAAGAGUUUAGACAUAAACAACUACACCUCUUAGAUAGAACUAAAAGGUAUCAUAUCAUAAACCAACCUAAUCAAUGAUAAGUACAACAGUCAAUUCUAACAAUAAUAGUAAGAAAGCAGUAUUACCAUUACAAAAUAUUACAAAUCAUAUGAAAUUUAUAGCAGAUUUAGUUAAUAAGACUCCACCUAAAACAUUAUUUUGA